GUCGAAGGCAAACCUUCAUGAACGUGGUGCUUUUUCUAUUUGAGAACAAGAACUUGCCAACCUAAAGCAACACGCACACAGUUGUUGCACGGCAAGCAGCAAACUUUCAGACUCGUGGAAAGGAUCAACCGAGGUUGUUUUCAAUCCCAUUCACACUCCUCCAGCCUCCUCCAGCCUCCCAGAAGAUGCUCAACGGCAUGAUGGAAGACAACACAUUCUUCUCAGACCCCCAACCCGUGAGGCCACGCGAGAGGCGAAAACUCUUCAACGUUCGACCCUUGCAACGAGAGUCGUUGUUGCCUGAAACACGAAGCCCUGAAGCUCGUCCGAAGCACCAACCCCCUCUCCAGCCGCCCACGUUUACGUUCGGUGAAAGCGCCACACGUACCCCGCCGUUGACUUCCGGUGUUCCCCGCGCCGGUGGUGAAGCCGAUUGGUGGCGAUGGAGCAGCUCAUUGGGAGAGUUCCUGGGCAAGUGCGUGAAGAAUGAGAUCCACAACAUCCUUACGACGUUAAGACUCACGCGGCCGACGCACAUGAGCAGUCCGCAGGCCAAGUUCCACAUGAACUCUCUGAAAGCGUUUCAGCAGCUCUUUGAGGAACUCACGUACAUGCACGAGCUCCAUGAGUUCGACAUCGUCGCGUACGUGAAUCCCUUCCUCGAGGUGAUCCAGUCGGAUGCCACCUCCGGGGAGCUCACGGCGGUGGCAUUAGAAGCUGUGGACAAGUUCGUGUCCUUCGGACUGGUCCACCCGGAGAGCCCGAAGUCCAUGGAGGCGAUCAAUACGGUCGCUUGGGGGGUGAUCCACUGCCGCUUCCUGUCUAAUGGAUGGGCCAGCGAUGAGGUGGUGCUCUUGAAGAUGGUGGGCUUGCUCUUAGACUGCCUUCGGUGUAGCGCUGGGCCCUACCUCAGCGACUUCUGCGUGUGGCACAUGGUGAGGAAGUGCUUCCAGGUGAGCAGACAACCGAAUGCCUCACACUUGCUGAGGUCCUCGGCGGAAGGCAUGCUGCAACAGAUGGUGCUCACGAUUUUCGGCACGCAGAAGGAGCGCUCUCAGCGAGUGCGCGUGGAGAGCGUGGAGGCAGAUGCCGAUGCUCGGCGCACAGCUGAGUCGCAGGGCCCCAAGUUGCAGGUUUACAAGCCCUACGGUUUUCGAGCGAUGCACUUCGUUCUGCGCUUCCUCUCCUUCCUCUUGGCCUACGGCCGUGGUGCCCUUGGGGAGAAGGAGCAGAAGCUCAAAGCCGUGCGUGCGGCACGGAGACCCCGCUCACGGUCGCCCAGCCAAGACGGCAGGCAAAAGGAUGGAAGCCCAGAGGAGAAGCCCCCGGACCUGGGGCUCACCGACGCAGCGGCGGUCGGCAAGGAGGUCGGACGGAGAUGGGAUCGAAAGGAAGAGAAGGAUCCAAAGAUUCACAGACCUUCUUGGUCUGUCGUACCUGAGAAGGAUCGAUCCUGCCCAGGCAGAAGGAUAGGGACCUGCCCGGGAGACGCAUCAAAAAAGAAAUAUAAAUGCAUCAAUAAAAAAAUAUAAAUGCAUCAAGAAAAAAAUAAAAAUGCAUCAAUAAAAAAAUAAAGAAAAGAAACAAAGAAAGGCAAGAAGGCAAGGAAGGAAGGAAGGAAGGAAG